AUGCACGCCGUAGGUUCAUAAACUACGUUUGGCUUCGCUCUGGACUCUCACCCAGCUGGCCCCUGACGCGUCCUUCGCGCUCGGCUUUGUACACAAAUUCCGCAUCAGGUCGCCGACUUUUGCUUGAUCCCUAUGGGAAUUGGGGAAGUGGGGGUCACCAAGGUCGGUCACACCCAUAGUCGAUGAGCCCGUAGCUGGUACAACUUGACGUGCUCAUCCCCCCUCUGGGCCCACCCCCACUUCCCCUUCUCCCAUCGCACCCUCGACCUUAUAGUACAUUGCCGAAUGUCAACGCGUACUCGAGAAAUCAGGCUUGGAAUACAAGUUGCACGGAUGCAAGUUGCCCAACGUUCAGCAUAUGCCCAAUCUGGAUUCGGGCUAAUCUUCAAUCGCGAUGACCGUCGUCGAUUAUUCCCUCUUUCCACGCAGAUGGUACAGGAGUACAAGGUGAAUUCGGCCAAGUGAUGAAGGUCAUCGAAGAAUGCCAUCAAGCUGUUCACGCCAUGGGCUGCGUAAGUCCCUACUGCACCCAACUCGCUUUGGAAGCCUUUACCUUUGCUGAAUGAAAACCUUUCUACCCUCGGACCACGUCAACAGCCCCGAGUCGCCACCGACAUUCGAAUCGGUACACGCACGGAUAAACAAGGUAGUUUGGACAAUAAGGUUUCGAGCGUACAGCAGUUGCUCAUUAAGGAUGAGGCGAAAAAGGAGUAG